CCAAAAUGUACUACACCGAACUCGAAAACGAAUUAACGUUCCCACAAAUAUCGCCCGAAAAGACAAUCGGCGACUUUUUGGAAUCAAAGUUAAACGAGAGAGUUCUCAAAAAAUACCCGGAAUGGGACUUUCCGCGCGUAGAACCAAAGAUCGCCCUAGCGGCACUGCAGCGGGAUCUCGACGACAGCGAACAGCGCCUAACCGAGAAGCGCGAAGAGGCGAAGUCAUCGAAGGCUCAACUGGACAACGAGUGGAAGAGUUUGGAGGAGGAAGGUUUGAAGCUGAGGAAAACUUUCUGCGACUUCGACAAGAUGAUCAAAGAGAACGCGGAGAAAACCGCGCGUGCCACCUCUAAAACGAAAAGGUUGAUCAUAAGCAAGGCGAAUACCGAUAAUGCGAUAAAACAAACCGAGAACGACCACAAUAAACUGCUCAAGGUAAAAGACGAGAUGGAACAACAGAUAAGAGAUCACCAGAUUUACGAGAGCUAUCUCGAGGUCGUGUCCGAAACGAACAAGGGCGAAUUUCCGACGGCUCAGGACGUUUUCAACAAAUUCGCGAUUCUCGACGAGGCACGCAAUGUCGUCACCAAGAGAUUGGAGCACAACAUUCGCGCUUUGGAGGAAACCAAAGAUCGAAUGGAGCAACAACUCAUCGACCAAAGCACCGUCUUGAUCGGUUUGAACAAUCGCGUAGCCGCGCUGAACGAUCGGUUUCGCGCGGCGAAUGCGAAAUGUGAAAAGUGGGAAGGCGUCGUGCGCACCGCGCAGGUGUCCUUGCGCGAUAGGCUGCUAGAUAUACUAUCGACGAGAAGGGUUUGCUGGAAUCUCUACUUGAACAUGUGCCGUCGACGUAAGACGGAACCUCGAAUUAGAAAGAGCGAUCUUGAAGCUCAGCUCUGGUAUAUCAAGCGACAUCUACGACUAUUGGGGACAACCAUCCGAAUUGCCGACAAAAUGGCGGCUGAUGCAGAGGCAGUUGAGAAAACAAAGUCGCGAAAGUGAAUGUGAGUCUUGAAAUCCACCGUUACCCUCCAAGAAAAUCAAUUGAAACAUCCAGUGUCCUAGAGUUGUACGACCCUAGUG